ACAAUGAUCUGAGUUUCAUAUUAUAUAAUAUAAAUUAACUAAACCGAUUUCUCAACCACACAUUUGCUAAAGGCUCAAUAUAAAUUAAUUAACCCUAAAUCCUUCUUCUUCGACCUUUUAUUUGGCGCCAAACCCGCAGUUACAUGUUUUUAUUUCCCGCUCGAGCAAAUUGAUCUGAUCCGAGUCUUUCAAGCGGGGAGAGAAAGAGAGAGAUUCGUUAGUACAUUGAUCUAAUGGCGUCGAAUUCGGAAGCGGGAGGAUCGGCGGAUUACGAAACAUUGAUGUCGACAUCGGACGUUGAGCUAUUGAAGAGGGCGUGGCGUAACGAGAAGGCGGCGCCGGAGAUUCUUCAGUACGAAGGAGCUCUUGUCGAUAGAGCCAAAGAACAGAUCGAAUUAGUGGAAGAAACAAUUGAAGAUUAUGUGGAAAAUGGCAUAGAUCCUCUGGUGGUGUCUCUAUAUCAGAUGGAUUUGGACAGAGCCCAGUUUCUACUCAGAUCAUAUCUCAGAGUUAGGCUUCUCAAGAUAGAGAAGUUUAUGUUCCACAACCUCAACUCAGAAGAAGCUGAAAGGCGACUUUCUGAGCAAGAGAAAGUGUUUGCUACCAGGUGUGCUGAUGAUUUGGCAAAGCAUUUCGAAGAGACUGUACUGCUUAAGCUGCCCGAGAAUUAUCAGUCGGUUCUCAAGCAAUCCCUUAUAAGUGAAGUGGAUGAUAUGGGUACCUCCCUAAAUCUUAUUACUUUGGACCAUAAUCUCAGUUGGUUAAGAUUGUUUGCUAUUAUAUCUGAGCAUUCCCUUCACAGUAGCUAGAGUUGUGUUUGUGUUAGUGAUGACUACACUUGUGAACUUACAGUGCCGCAGCCGCAUUUGGAUACCUUUGUUGUUUGUAGAAGCAAGAACUUUGUCUCCCUCAAUCUAUACGAAGAAGGAGAGAGCCCCGAGACUGUGGAGAUGGAGCGCGGUGAUCUCUACUUCAUACGUUACAAGAUUGUAAAAAGGGCAAUCGAAUCUGGCCAAAUUGACUUGAUCUGAGCUCGCCUUUUUUUUCACUCAAAUCUCUUCUCAUAGAAUAAGUUUCGGAUGAUGCUACCAGUAUUCACUCUGUAUGAUCUUGUGUUACUUGAGUUGUAUAGUGAGUUUGAGUUUCUGUUCUUGAUAUAAACUUAGUAGUUAGUAUCUUUGUAGCUUCUUGCAGUUGUGCCUAGCUUAGCUAUCCAUUGGCUUAACCAUAACCAGUGGCGGAGCCAGAACAAUGACUCACUGGGGUCAAAAAAAAGUUAAACGAAACGAUAAACUUUACUAUAAACAUAACAAUGUCAUUACAAAUAAAAACUCUAAAGAUGAACUCUACGUUCACUCAUAUCUUGGAAUCGUUUUAUCACGAUUCGUUUGUAACAGUGUUAAGUACUUGCUUUUCAAUAAAACAAACAAGACAAUCACUUAAGAACACAUCACUGAUACGGUUACGCAAUGUAGUCUUCACAAAAUUCAUCGCGGAAAAACAUCUUUCGACAGUUGCCGUUGCAACAGGAAGAAUCAAAGAUAGCUUUAGAAGACGAUAUACCAAAGGAUGUGAAAGAUGCUUUUUUGUCUCUACCAUCACACGAGCAAGAUCACCAAGACACUUUAAAUCUGUAAACUUUUCAUCGUUUUUCACAUUAUCAAGGUAGAUCUCAAGUUGAUGAUCAAGAGAUCUACGCUCCACAAAACUAAAGUCAUCUGGAUAAAACUCGAUCAAUCUCACGAGCAUGGACUUAUCAAACUAACGAAAAGAAUCUAUCGGACUCACAGAAUCUAUGGUCCAUAACUAAACCACAUACUUCUUUUUAAAAGGG